AUGCGUAUCCUUGUCUAUUUAUGUUACCGAGGAUACAGUAUAAAGGGAACAUUUUCUGCACGAAAUAAACCUAUAUCUUCAACAAAUUUUCUUCAAGAUAUCCUUGAAAAAGCAAUAUUAAGAUUUUGUCCUGCACGACGACCAAAUAUUUUACUUUCAACUUAUACUGAAUGUAAUGUUCAUUCAUUAUGUAAUACUGCUACAAUUGAUUUUGAAUUACCUGGUAAACAAAAAUUAGGUGUAGGUGAUUUGAAUAUUCCAUGGUUUAAAUUUAAUCUUAAUCGAAUAUUAACUGAAUCAAAUCGAACAGUACGUGUUAUUAAUGCACGUUUUGUUCAUGAUGCAUUUGAACCGAAAUUAGCUGCUACACAAAGAACGUAUCUAUAUCGUUUUCUUGAUGAUUCAUCAAUGACAGUGAUUGAUCAACCAUUAAGUACUUAUUUGUCAUUACCUGUCUCUUUACCUCUUCUUCGUUCAGCUAUAUCACUUAUUCAUAACCGUUUAAUUGAUUAUUCAUCAUUUACAUCACCUGAAGCUCGUGUUCUGUUAAAAAAUACUCAACGUAUUGUAGGAAUUCAACUAUCAGAACAUUCAACUAUAUUUUCAAAAUUAAAAUCUAAUCAUUCAACUAGUUUAUGUCUUCAAUUAACAUGUACAAAUUUUCUCUAUCAAAUGGUACGACGUUUAACAACAGAACUUAUACAAGUAGCACAAGGUCAAAUAACAUUAGAAGAAUUUGAACAAAAAUUACAUUCAUCGAGUGAAAAACAAGAUAUUAUUAAUGAAGAUAAACUUCUUGAUAUCAAUGGACUUUAUCUACAAAAUGUUAUGUAUGAUGAAGAAGAUUUUCAACGUUAUGUUACUUAUACAACAAUAACAACAAUGAAAAAUAAAAUAUAUCCGCUAGCUCCUAUAUUAACAGGAGAAGAAUAA